AUUUGAUCGAGAUUUGUCGAAGAACGACAACGAGCAUCAUCCCACCCAAAGACAACCAUGUGAUCAAGGACAAGGAGAUGCCUUCAGCAGUGCGCAGUGCUGUCUUCGGCCGCAGUUCAUUGCCACUCGAAGAUUGAAAGGAAUACUCGAAUCUUGACGUCAACAGGCGACAGGCCGUCAUCAUCAAUCUCCGCCUGUCUCGCUUGGCAUCACAAGAGUCGAUCACUGCUCUGGCUCGAGAACCAACGAAAAAGUUUUGAGAGCCUGAUCAUCUACUUUUCUCGAUUCUUGAUGCCAGUCAGCUUUCAACGAUAACGACCUCCAUUCUGUGCGACGAAGCACACCUCACGAGAAAUAGUACGAGAUAACAAACUCUGAACCUUCGUUCGAUCAGUGAUGCCGCUCUCGGGACCACGACCUCUUUCAGACGUCCCGGAACCUGCUGGUCAUCAAACCAGGCAGUCAACUCAUACGGCCGAGGAACGUGGAGGUCCUUUACCUUCAGAUCAACCAGAGUUCAUCCCCCUGACCACCACAACAUCGACUCCGACUAUACGCACCGUUAGCACCGUUCCGACCUCCAACUCUGAUCUUACCUGUUCCAAGCACACAAGUACCUCCCGUACAUCCCUUCCUUUCCCGGAAAACGAACCGACCACAGGCUACCUCGAUCCAUACAUCUAUACACCGGCAGCCGCACCUUCUUCUUACAACGGAUAUGCAUUGGGUCCUAAGAGGAACCAGAGCGUCGGGUCACGGUCGCUAGCUCCGAGCGAUAGUGCGAGCAACUUCGAUUUUGGGCCGGAUGCAGACGAUCGGGGUAGGGAUGAACUGAGUGGUGACGCUAUAGGACAAGCGGGGCUAGGCAGGCAGAAGAGCACGUUAAGACCGUUGGAUGAAGAGGGGGAAGAUGUCACGCAGUCCGAUGUUCGAGGUUAUGGACAAGGACAAGGAUAUGGAUAUGGUUACAGAUAUCAGGAUGGACAAGAUGAGCAAGGUCGAUCGCCCUACACCACCAACAAGGCGGCAACGGGUUAUGCCUAUCCACCGGGUCCUUAUCCAUUCGGAGCUCAAGCUCGCUCUCAAGCUCUUCCUCCUCUGCCUCAACAGGAACGUCAUUCGUACUCGGGCUUGGAGGCUGGUCGUCCCGUCUCGGCCGCAGGACUCUCGGGGUUGUCGUAUGUAGACGAGGAAGGGGGGUACUAUCGUUCUGGUUCUGGUUCAGGGUCUGGCUCGAAGAAUAACGUGGGAGGUUUCGGAGGUCGGCAGGGGGAGAAGCAUGGAGGAGAGGAAGAAGGAGAGAGUUUGGUUGGAGGUGCGGCUUUUCCGGCUGGGUCGCCGUUCUUGGAAACUCAUGCGCACAACCACAAGCACGAUCCCACCUCUUCGUCUUACCCACCUUCGAUCGACUCGCGGCUCGAUGACUCGGUCCCGGGAUCGCCCAAGUGGUACGAACAGCUCCUGGGGAUCGGUCAAGGGAAAUAUCCUAUCGAACAACAAAUCGAGAAUAAACGACGGGGGUUGGGCAGGCAGAGAUGGCCGUACGCCUGCUGGGUGUUGACUUUGGCGAUGUGUGGGGUGAUGGUCUGGGAGAUGAUCAGUCAGAACCAUGCUCAGGGGACGCCAAUCGCCAUCAAACCGAAUUUCAACUAUAUGAUAGGACCGAGUUCGGGAGUGCUGAUCAGCGACGGAGCGAGGUUUGUGCCAUGUAUCAAACGGGUCCCGGAUCUGCCACCGUCGUUCCCAUUGGCUUGCCUUAACGAUACUAACAACCCUCCCCAAUCGUCCUGCUCGCUCGGCUCGAUCUGCGGGUUCGGCGGCAUCAAGGACGACGAGACUCCGAAUCAGUGGUUCCGAUUCAUCCUCCCGAUCUUUCUGCACGUGGGGAUCGUCCACCUACUGCUCAACAUGCUGGCUCAGCUCACCAUUGGAGCUCAAGUGGAAAGAGAGAUGGGGACGGUCGCCUUCGUGAUCACGUACUUUGCGGGCGGAAUCUACGGUUUCAUAUUGGGUGGAAGUUUCUCUCGUACCGGCAUCCCGAGCGCCGGUGCUUCGGGAGCCUUGUUCGCUUGCAGUGCCGUCAUGGUUGUCGACCUAGCUCUGCAUUGGAGUUACGAGGAUCGACCCGGACUGAAGGCUUUCUUCUUGUUCUUGGAAUUUGGCGUCGGAAUAGCCAUCGGUUACAUUCCUUUCGCCGUCGACGGAAUGGCUCAUCUUGGAGGAUACGCGAUGGGCCUUUUGUGCGGGAUGAUCUUGAUGCCGGCAAUACUUCCGACGAAGAGGAAGGCUGUCAUAGUCUGGGUACUGCGUGCGAUUGCGCUUGUUCUCGUUAUCGCUGGAUUCGUCUUGACGAUCAAGAACUUCUAUACCGAUGAUCCAAACGCCGCUUGCCAAUGGUGCAAGUACCUGUCUUGCAUUCCUACGAAAUCCAACGACCACUGCUCGGGGACGGUAAGUUGUCUUCCUGAUAUUGAUCCGUAAAAGCAAGCUGAGGCGAAGAUCGAGCAGGGACUCGUCAUGCCCGACACAUCUUCGGGGCUGAUUACGCAACGCUCUCUCGAACUCUGAUGAUGUAUCAGGGAAUGGAUACACAGUUCGCGAUAUCAACUGUAUCAUCGUAAUGAUUAUCCCUUCAAUGUAGCUUGUGACAACAUACAUACCCCGAAUACGCCCACGA